CAUGUGACUGGUUCUACUCUUUCUCUUCUUCUUCUUCUCCAUAAAUUCAAACCUUACGUUUACAUUUCUCAAAAUGAUGCCCCCUGAUCAGCAAGAAACCAGUAGUACUCUUCCAGGCAACAAUAGUCAUCCUGCUAACAGCACCAUGCCUUCCAGUUCUUCUGGUAAUGUCAGUCCAUGCUUGGAAGAUCCAGACAACAAACAACAUGAUCCCCCAAGAUUCUCCAUUCUAGGUGAAUCCUUACUCCCUGUGACUCUCAAGUUUGAAGAUGUGACAUAUAAUGUUGAUUUGGCACCCGGAAAAGGCGGGUGCUGCUCUUCGCAGGAUCCAAAACCAACCCGAACUAUACUAAAUGGCAUCAGCGGAAUUGUCCGACCCGGUGAGCUAGUGGCGAUGCUGGGCCCAUCCGGUAGCGGAAAGACCACUCUCUUAACCGCACUCGCGGGUCGUCUACCAGGGAAGAUAUCGGGUCGGAUAACAUAUAACGGGCAUCCAUUUUCGAGCUCCAUGAAGCGCAAGACGGGUUUUGUGAGCCAAGAUGACGUGUUAUAUCCCCAUUUGACUGUGCUGGAGACGCUAACUUACGCCGCGUUCUUGCGACUCCCGAAGGAACUUGGCAAGGAAGGAAAGAUUCAGCAAGCUGAGUUGAUUAUUAUGCAACUCGGGCUAACACGGUGUCGUAAUAGUGUGGUGGGUGGGCCCCUGCUCCGGGGGAUCUCGGGUGGGGAACGUAAACGGGUCAGUAUUGGGCAGGAGAUGCUGGUGAACCCGAGUUUGUUAUUGCUUGAUGAGCCCACUUCUGGGCUGGACUCAACCACGGCCCAGCGCAUUGUGGCCACUUUUAGAGGCCUUGUAAGGGGAGGUAGGACCGUGGUUACUACGAUCCAUCAACCUUCGAGUAGGUUGUAUAGGAUGUUUGAUAAGGUCGUGGUGUUAGCGGACGGGUGCCCGAUUUAUAGCGGGCAUGCGGGUCGGGUCAUGGAGUAUUUCGGCUCCAUUGGGUUCGAGCCCGAAAUUAAUUUCAUGAACCCUGCUGAUUUUCUGCUUGAUCUAGCUAAUGGUAUAGCCCCGGACACCAAACAGGAUGACCAACUAGAUUUAACCACUACCGGCAUAUCACAUCAUCAUGAUGAUCAGAAUUCAAUCAAACAGUCUCUGAUAUCAUCUUACAAGAAGAACCUAUAUCCUCUCUUGAAAGCUGAGAUUCAAACAACUUCUCAGGAUCCAAUCCAUUUCAAGUCAGGGAAACUGAGAUGUAAGAGAAUUAAAAUCUCAAAAGUAAACAAAUUUCUGCAUACAUUAAAAGAUUUUGAACUUAUCAAUUGGUUUGAGUUGUAUGCAGUGAGGGAGAAUCAAUGGACUAGCAGCUGGUGGUUGGAAUUCAAGGUGCUGCUGAGAAGGGGUUUACAAGAGAGGAAACAUGAAUCCUAUUCGGCUCUCCGAAUUUUUCAAGUAUUGUCUGUUUCAAUCCUGUCAGGCCUUCUGUGGUGGCAUUCUGAUACGUCGCACAUCCAAGAUCAGGUUGGACUUCUUUUCUUUUUCUCAAUAUUCUGGGGCUUCUAUCCAAUGUUCAACGCCAUCUUCACGUUCCCUCAAGAACGACCGAUGCUGAUAAAAGAACGUUCCUCUGGGAUGUACCGUCUCUCCUCGUACUUCUUCGCCAGAACAGCCGGUGACUUGCCAAUGGAGCUUGUUCUCCCUACAGUCUUUGUUACAAUCUCAUACUGGAUGGGUGGUCUCAAGCCUUCAUUAGUCACAUUUAUACUAACCCUCUUAAUCAUUCUUUUCAAUGUGCUGGUCUCUCAAGGGCUAGGCUUAGCACUAGGGGCAAUUCUGAUGGAAGUAAAGCAGGCGACGACAUUAGCAUCUGUGACAAUGCUUGUGUUCUUACUAGCUGGGGGAUAUUACAUUCAGCACAUCCCACCCUUCAUAUCUUGGCUGAAGUACAUCUCAUUCAGUCACUAUUGCUAUAAGCUUCUGAUUGGAGUACAGUAUUCAGCAAAUGAGGUUUAUGAUUGUGGACUAAGGAUGCAUUGCAGAGUAAUGGAUUUUCCAGCAAUCAAGUACCUGGGUCUUGAUCAUAAAUGGAUGGAUGUGUCAGCUCUGCUGCUUAUGUUGGUGGGAUAUAGACUUUUGGCUUAUGUAGCUCUAAGAUUGGGACAACCUCACUGACCAUUUAGUUUCAGAUCACCAAAUUGUAUUUGUUGGAGUAGAGAAACUAAUCAAGUUAUCAGCAAAAUUAGACCUAACUAAUCCCGCUGGUAAAUGUGAUUCAAGAAGUUUAGGUUGGCUCAUGCAACCAAAUACAAGCAAAUUUUACCAAACUUGAUUAUUGAAAUUUGAAAAACCAACUUCUUUUAAA